UUCAAUUGAUGUCACGAUUACGAACCCAAGGCGAAAGAUAAGACAGUACUUAAUAUCACUCAAGUCAAAUAUGGCGGCCAAAAUAAUCAAUUUUUUGGUUUAUGUUUCAUUUAUCAAUUUGGUACAAUCGGCUUGUCAAGAUCUUGAUAAAGAUGCCUGUGCUGCGAUAAUGACAAUGGUGCCAAACAUGUGUGACGAUCCUUGUAUUACUGUUCUUUGUAGUGACACAUGUAAUAACUGUCCUUUGAAAUGUUACCAUUGUGACGAACAGUUGAAUCCUGAAGACUGUAAAUCAGUGGUACAGUGUCAAAGAAGUGACGAGGUAUGCCUCGCUAUCCAACGAUUGACGCCAGAUUUUAUACCAUUAUUUUCUUCCGGCUGUGAAACAAGAGACGUAUGCAUGAAAGUAUUUGGUAAUAUCAACAUAAGGAGAUCGAUGAGUGAUCACCCACUUCAUCCAAGAGCUUUAACUUUGAAAGGUGGCUGUUGCGACGUAGAUAAAUGUAACUCUCAUGACCCAGAAAAUGAACCCACCGAACCACCAGGCUACGUCAGAACAACUAUACCUAAUGGUGUAAAUCCAACAUAUCAGGCAAGUCAGAUAAAAUGUACUGGAGAUGAUUUAAAUGCAACUGCAUGUGCCGCGUUAAAAGCUGCAGAUCCUAACGUUUGUUCCAAACAUUGUGUGGCUGAGAAGCUGUGCCAAGGAAUGUGUCAAACUUGUGUAAAAUGUUUGAAAUGUGAUAGUAUAUCCAGUCUGAGUGAAUGUAAAACAACAUCCGUCUGCAACGUCGAUCAGAAAUGUGUACAAGUGCAACAAUUAGAUAUCAACUUCAAUCCACAGUUUCGACUUGGAUGUAUGGACGCUAAGGUUUGUGCAACAGUGUUUGGACAGAAAACUCAAAGUCAACCGAUUGGUAAACGACAAUUGCGAAUAAACGGAGGUUGCUGUGAUCACAGUUAUUGUAACAAUCAGACGAUAUCUUAAUAAAACAAUGCAUUUAA